CGACGCAGGCCCCUCCUCCUGGAGACCUGCAGCCGGGAGCUGCCUCCGCGGAGAUCCGGGACCCAGGGGCUAAGGAGUGAGGGCCGCGCGUGCGGUCCGCUGGCGGCGUCAUGAAGCUGACGCGGAAGAUGGUCCUGUCCCGGGCCAAGGCCUCGGAGCUGCACAGUGUGCGGAAGCUCAACUGCUGGGGCAGCCGCCUCACAGAUAUCUCCAUAUGCCGGGAGAUGCCCAGCCUGGAGGUGAUCACGCUCAGCGUCAACAGUGUCUCCACCCUGGAGCCAGUGAGCCGCUGCUGCCGCCUGAGCGAGCUAUACCUGAGGAGGAACCGCAUCCCCAGCCUGGACGAGCUCUUCUACCUGAAGGGGCUGCCACACCUCCGGGUGCUGUGGCUGGCUGAGAACCCGUGCUGUGGCCCCAGCCCGCACCUCUACCGCAUGACGGUGCUGCGCAACCUGCCGCACCUGCAGAAGCUGGACAACCAGGCGGUGACCGAGGAGGAGCUGACCCGUGCGCUAAUGGAGGGGGAUGAGAUCACGGCCGCCCCGGAGAGGGAGGGCCCGGGCCCGGGCCGGUGCGAGCCACCUGACACCGUGAGCUCCCUCAGCUGUGCCACUGAGACCUACCGGGACUCGCUGAGCUGUGUGGACGAAGAGGCAGACUGCGUCCAGGACCACCUUAGCCUGAAGAACCCUGCCGAGGACCAGUUUCCAUCCUUCGUACAGAGGAGCACCGUGAGCGGCCCCAGGAACAGGAAUGUGCUGACAGCUGUGCUGCUGCUGCUGCGGGAGCUGGACACGGAGGGGCUGGAGGCCGUGCGGCAGGCCGUGGGCAGCCGCCUGCAGGCACUGCACAGGCAGGAGCUGCGGGAGGACGCAGAGUGACGGCGGAUCCUGGACGGCCCACAGCGCCUGGCCCACUCUAGAGCUCCUGUCUGCACACCAGACAAAGGCAGGAAGGUGUCAGAUGUCGGCGGGCAGACCUGGCUCCAGCGCCCGGGCUGUUGGAGAUGCCCACUCACACCAGGACCAUCCCGACUCAAACGCAGAAGCCACAGGGGUCUGGGCUUGGCCUGCUGCCCUCCCCGUAAAGCACUUCCUGUCUGACCCGGAGUGGACAGCUUGGUGGCAGGUGUGGCCUUGACGUUCCCCUCAGGGGUUGGCCCACUCUGCAGCUUCUGAGGUGUUUGUGCCAUUUUGGUCCUUAGCCACUGGGGAGCCUUCCAGAGGGAUGUCUGCCCUCGGGUCUCGAGCUGGCAUCGUGGCCACCACCAGAAAGGACAGUUUCUUCUCAGCAGUGCCGGGCAGGAUUCCUCUUCAUUUUUCUGUCUUCUAAGGAACCUGCAGUGGUGGGGGCGGGUGUUCUGAGCCUGUGAGGGCCGUGGGCACCCUUGUCCACCAGUCCGGACAGGGAGGGGACGGCAUUGCUAGGAGCUGGGGUAACAACACUGCCCUGGGCUGUCCUGGGGCCCCCACGGCCAGGGACUUGUCUACUGGAGGAGCAGCCUCCUGCCAAGGGAUAGGAGUGGCUGAUCUGAGGCAUGCACGCGCCUUCUGCCCUCCUCGUGGGGUCAGGACCCUGACUCCGAGGGGCCCACAGCCAUGCUGCUGAGCACCCGUUGGGUCAUGAGCCAGCCAUGGUGACUGCCCUCCCGAGGCCAGGACAUCUGGGCUGUCACACUGGUGACAAGGCUGAGCCCUGUUUCAAGCUUAGUUGCGGUCCCUUGCACAUUCUUCAGGAUGAGGUGUGGCCUCCAAGGGUGGGAAGCAAGGGGUCACAGUGCAGGCCAUCUAGGGUGGACAGUCCCCAGCUUGUGCCUGCCGCCUCUGGUCACUAAGAUGAAUAAAGCGCCAUCCCUGUUGGGCAGGGAGUGAUUUUAACUCCAGAAUGUCCCUGCCCCAGGCCUGCACUCCCUGCUCCCUCCUGUCCCACACACCUUCGGGACUACAUCAGGGAAAGACCCCCAGAUACACUUCCUGAACUUCCACAUAGCCCGAAGGUGGG